UGAGGGGGUAUAGAGACUCUGUGUGCAGGACUGUGUGUAUCCCAGAGAUUAUUCCCAAUACGGCCACGCUCAGAAAGGCCAUGGCCAUGGUUCCUCUCUUGGUGGUUUUGGUGCAAAUUGCAUUGCUGCCAACAGUUUUUGGAGGGGCAUAUUAUGGCCACAAACCACAUCAUCAGCAACACCAGCCAAUACCACAAAUACCUCACAUGGGCAUGGGAAAAGAGCUACCUCAUAUACAGUACCCACACUACAGGAAGGAGAUUCCACAGUUACCUAUGUAUAUGAACAAAGGCAAGGACAAAAAAGGUGAGACCAUUCCUAGAGGUGAGCAGGGUAUUCCAGGGGAAAUUGGACCUCAAGGGCCUCCAGGACCUCAAGGACCUCCAGGCCCUCCUGGUCUUCAAGGCAAUGGUAUGUCAGGCCCUCCAGGAAAUCCAGGCCCAUCUGGCCCUCCAGGACUGCCUGGAGUUGGUAAACCUGGAUUGCCUGGCCUGCAAGGAAAGCCAGGUGAUAUGGGUCCUCCUGGAUCACAGGGUGAACAGGGACCUAGUGGAGAAGAAGGACAACCAGGUUUGCAAGGGCCACCAGGUCCCCCUGGACCUCCAGGUCUCACAGGAAUUGGGAGACCAGGAGGACACGGACUACCAGGACCACCAGGAGGCAAAGGAGAACCAGGGCACAAAGGUUUACCUGGACUUCCAGGCUUGCCUGGGCCAAAAGGGGAUAAGGGAACUGGACAACCUGGGCCACAGGGACCAAAGGGCCCAGCUGGACCACCAGGAUUCCCUGGGCAUAAAGGACUGCCAGGGAUUGGCAAGCCUGGCAUGCCUGGUUUGCCAGGUCCAAUUGGUGCAGCAGGAAAACCAGGAGAGCCUGGACCAUCAGGUUCAGAGGGCCCACCUGGAAAGGAUGGAGAAGCAGGGCCUCAAGGGCCACCUGGCAUUGGAAAACAAGGCGAGAGAGGAUUCACAGGCCAGCCAGGUGUCCCUGGUGAUAAAGGAUUACAAGGACCACCAGGUUUGCCUGGAAAGCCAGGAUUACCUGGAUUGGGCAAACCAGGAUUCCAAGGCCCAAAAGGUGAUAAAGGAAUGGGAGGACUACCUGGUGCUCCAGGUCCAAAAGGAGACAAAGGAUAUGAAGGUCCACCAGGUAUGAGAGGACCCCCAGGAGAAGGUGGUCCUCUGGGUCCUCCAGGACCAAUGGGACCUCCAGGUAGCAUAGGUGCACCAGGACCUAAAGGAGAAGAUGGUGAAGGUGGCGCAAAGGGGGAACAGGGACCCAUAGGAGAACGAGGACCAACAGGACUGCCAGGCCAACCAGGUCAACCAGGUGAGGAUGGUGAACCAGGGCCACAAGGACCAGCAGGACCUAUAGGCCCCAAAGGGGAAGGAGGAGACAAGGGUCUACCUGGGCCCCCUGGCCCACCUGGAGUGCCUGGCCCAAAAGGAGAAGUGGGUAUAUCUGGUCCAGAAGGGCCACAAGGACCUAAAGGCAUACCAGGGAUUACAGGACCAGGAGGACCAAUUGGACUCCCUGGGCCCCCAGGGUCUAAGGGAGAAAAUGGACCACCUGGCCUAGUUGGUCCUCCAGGUAAGGGAAGCCCUGGUACUCCUGGGCCUCUUGGCCCACCUGGUUCACCAGGCCCAAGUGGCUCCCCAGGUCAGCCAGGUCGUCCAGGUCCCCCAGGCCCUCCAGGACUCCCUGGACCACCAGCCCUUUCCCCUGACCUGAUGGGUGUUCUGCCUGAGAUGGGGCCAGCCCUUGAUGGAGUGAAGGCUAGUGGGUACAAGAAGGGAAAGUAUGGAGGUGGAAGUGAAAUAAUGGGUGCCAGCGGUCUAGAGAUGCCUGCUUUUACUGCUCAGUUGACCACACCUUUCCCUCCUGUUGGCACACCAGUGGUGCUCGACAAGCUGCUGUAUAAUGGCAGACAAAACUACAACCCACAGACAGGAGUGUUCACCUGUGAUCUUCCUGGAAUCUAUUACUUCUCAUACCAUGUGCACUGCAAGGGUGCAAAUGUAUGGGUAGGGUUGUACCGAAAUGGAGAGCCCUUGAUGUACACAUAUGAUGAGUACAAGAAGAGCACUCUGGACCAGGCAUCUGGCAGUGCCGUGGUUCCAUUACAACCAGGAGACACUGUUCAUAUUCAGCUACCAUCUGACCAGGCUGCUGGACUGUACGCAGGGCAAUAUGUUCAUUCCUCUUUCUCUGGCUUCCUUCUCUACCCCAUGUAGACCAAUAGAGACCCAGAGAGAUGGAUGUGAGAGAGAAAGUAACAACUAAAGAAAAAAAAGAGAAGAUGGAUAACAUAAAAAAAAAGACUUACACAUUUUUGUAAACCUCAGUAGAUCAAGGCACAGGAGAGUACCUCAGGAAACCUUCUCUGCAAUAUUACACCAGCCAAGCUCAUCCAUAGUUCAAAGUAUUGUGUCAGUGUGAACACCAUACUGACUGUACAAAAACUGCACAGACAGCCAAAUAUUUGUUUCAGGUCAUACAAUAACAGGGAGAGUUUUACAGCUAUGGUAAUUUAAUGAAUUUGUGUAUUUUUUAAAUAAAUGGAGUUUGAGCUUAGUGUUAUUAGGACACUUGGGAUAAUUUCCUAUUUUAUGACAAUGUGUCAUAUAUGAGCUUAGUGGCAUCUGCCUAAAGAUGUCAAGGCAAACAUAUUUUCCAAAGUAUUAACAUUCUUCAUGAAUUGUUACCACAUGUCCUUGUACUGAAAUUAAUUGAGAUCUUAGGUAAAACAUGAAAAAGUACCUUUCAGGAAGUCAUGUUUUUUUCCUAUAUUAUAUCUAAAUGUAUUAUUUUUGCACAUCCAUAUUUUCAAACAAAUGCCAAGUAAAUAGAAAUCAAAAUUGUGAUGAUAGAAUGUAUAAAGUGUGCGUGCGUUUGCGCGCGCGCGUGUGUGUGUGUGUGUGUGUGCACAUGCACACGUGCUUGUAUCUAUGCACAUUAGAUAUGAGCACAUACCUUUUCACAACCUGCUCGUGUUUUGUUAGACUGAUUUGUUGAGAACCCCUCCCAUCCUAAAUGCAAAUGCUCAUUUAAAAACCACUGUGUUGCAUUCUCAGAAGCAAUAUUUGAAAUGCAGCGUGAGUUUUAGCCCUACUAACACACACAACCAUGUAUUUCACAACACAUGCAUGUUCUUGUAUUUCCCUUCAUAUCUUUUAGAAUCUGCAUCCGGAUUACAUGUAACAUAAUAUACUCUGUACUUCUCACCUGCUCUUGCUGACUACUGAUUGUCUGAUUAGAAUGGGGGAAAGGGCUUGAAAGGGGAAAUAAAAAACAAUGUUUUGUAUGGUUCAUGUUGCCCCUUUUAGAUAAAUGGUGCUUAUAUAAUCCAAACAGAUGUUUGAGCAUUUUUAUUGUUAAC